GUCACUACCGCGAGGCUACGUCGAGUAUACGUCGCACUGGUUCAUGUUAUUGCUGAAAACAAAAAUACGUUGAAAUAGUGCAUCAGUCUUUAUACAACGGGAAAAUGUUCGAUACUAUAGUGCUCGUCAUUACAAAAUCAAGGUGAAACAGCCACCUGGGUAUCAGAGUGCACAACGUGGUGUGGCUGGCACCACUAGCCCGUCGUUUGUUAUCAAACAGCGAGGGCGAUGGCGGAGGCGCCGCCCGGGAACAUCGUCAAGGAAGGAUGGCUUCAGAAGCGCGGCGAGCAUAUUCGUAACUGGCGCGACCGCUACUUUAUACUGUUUGAUAAUGGAGACUUGGUCGGGUUCAAGACGCAGCCCGAGCGGAACAACUACCGCGACCCACUCAACAAGUUCACGGUACGGGACUGUCAGAUCAUGGCUGUGGACAAGCCACGGCCCUACACAUUCACCAUACGCGGUCUACAGUGGACCACUGUCAUCGAACGCAACUUCAGUGUCGACACUGAAAAGGAACGUGAGGAAUGGGUGGCUGCCAUCCGUUUUGUGUCGGGACAGCUGAGCUCGGGCAGCAGUGCCGUAGCGGCAGCGGGCGCGGCGGCGGGCGCGACGGCUGCGGCGGGCGCCGAUGGUGACGACCACGAUAUCGCACAGCUGGGCACCAGUUUCAGAGACCCAAGACGAAUUACUUUGGAGAAGUUCGAGUUCGUAAAGGUGCUAGGGAAGGGCACGUUCGGUAAAGUGGUGUUGAGCAGGGAGAAGGGCACCGGCAAACUGUACGCCAUGAAGAUACUGAAGAAACACCACAUCAUACAGAAGGACGAGGUCGCCCACACCAUCACCGAGAACAGAGUCCUCAAGAACACCAAGCAUCCAUUCCUUACGGCGCUGCGCUACUCGUUCGAGACGGUGGACCGCGUGUGCUUCGUGAUGGAGUACGCCAACGGCGGCGAGCUGUUCUUCCACCUGUCGCGGGAGCGCUCCUUCAGCGAGGAGCGCACGCGCUUCUACGCGGCCGAGAUCGUGUCCGCGCUGGGCUACCUGCACGCGGAGGGCAUCAUCUACCGCGACCUCAAGCUCGAGAACCUGCUGCUCGACAAGGACGGCCACAUCAAGAUCUCCGACUUCGGCCUGUGCAAGGUGAACGUCCCGUACGGGCGCACCACCAAGACGUUCUGCGGCACGCCCGAGUACCUGGCGCCCGAGGUGAUCGAGGACACGGACUACGGGCCCGCCGUGGACUGGUGGGGGCUGGGCGUGGUCUCGUACGAGAUGGCCUGCGGCCGCCUGCCCUUCUACAACCGCGACCACGAGGUGCUGUUCGCGCUCAUCGUGGGCGAGGAGGUGCGCUUCCCGCGCGCGCUCUCCGCCGCCUGCCGCGCGCUGCUGCAGGGGCUGCUCACCAAGGAGCCGGCGGGGCGACUCGGAGCCGGGCCCGACGACGCGGCCGAGAUCAUGCACCACCCGUUCUUCGCCGCCAUCAACUGGACCGACCUGGUCGCCAAACGGAUCCCGCCGCCGUUCAAGCCGCAGGUGGAGUCGGACACGGACACGCGCUACUUCGACUCGGAGUUCACCGGCGAGUCCGUGGAGCUCACGCCGCCCGACCACGACCAUCAGCUGCAGCGGAUACAGGAGGAGCACUUCCCGCGCUUCUCCUACCAGGUCACCCAUCACAUUACAGGACAGCCCCGCCACCCCGCCGCCAUUUUUAGAUGUUAAAAUCUAGCUUAUUUAGUCCAAUUCACUUCACGUUCGACGGGGAGGCGUAAACUACACAGAACAUGCAAUUUAAGCUCACCACGGGUUCAGGUUUCCACUGUUCUAAAUGUAUUUAGAGAAUGCAAGUUUUGCUGAGGAACAUUCGUCCCAUAAGUGUAAGGAUGAUUAAUGGCUUAAAAAAUAAAUAAUACUAUUUAGUCCUUCAGUCAGAUUCAGAACAAGAAAUCACUUAGAUAACGUCACGCGACAUUUUAACUCAGUGUGUUGCCGUAAUUUAUAGAUUACCCAAAAAAUGCAUGUUUAAUAUUGUUGAACAAUCUACCUGAGUGACGGACAACCCUAUUGCAGGACAUCUGCUCGUCGGCGCACUCGGCGCUGUCGCACCUGUCGCACCUGUCGCAGCACUCCGCGCUCGCCGACCGCCGCCACUAGCCGCCGCCACUCGCGCCACUCGCGCCGCCACCACUACCACCACACCUUUUGUAUAUAUUAAACUUAGGAUCG